AUGACCCGUCCACAAGUUUUCGUGUCGUCAAAUGUUCAGCCACCCCGCGGUGUGCUAUUGCAUGGUCCGCCAGGUUGCGGUAAAACAAUGAUAGCCAAUGCGUUCGCGGCAGAACUAGGCGUUCCAUUCAUCCCAAUAUCUGCCCCAUCCAUUGUGUCGGGAAUGUCGGGAGAGUCCGAAAAGGCCCUACGAGAGCAUUUUGAAGAAGCCAGAAGGAUUGCGCCUUGCCUCAUUUUCAUCGACGAAAUCGACGCCAUCACCCCGAAGCGAGAAAGUGCACAAAGAGAGAUGGAGAAACGGAUUGUUGCUCAGCUCUUAACAUGCAUGGACGAUUUAGCACUGGACAAAACUGACGGCAAGCCCGUAAUUGUUUUAGCAGCUACCAAUCGACCGGACAGUUUGGACGCAGCCCUGCGUCGCGGGGGUAGAUUUGAUAAGGAAAUCAACAUGACUGUCCCCUCAGAACCAGUCAGAGAGCAGAUCCUGAGGGCGCUCACUCGAAAAAUGCGCCUCGCUGACGACCUAGACUUCAAGACUCUGGCCAAACGGACACCGGGCUUCGUCGGCGCUGAUCUCAACGACUUGGUCUCCACCGCAGGCUCUGCGGCUAUCAAACGAUACUUGGAACUACUCAAAUCGAAUAGUGGGGAAGAGAUGGACAUAGAAGAUCCAGAUGAUCUGAGCCCUAAAGUCAAAGAGCUGCGACGGCUUAUCAAUCACGCGAAGGAGACCCCCAUGGAUGACGAGACACAGACGGUCUUUGUCUCCAAUGCAGACUUUUUUACCGCUCUUCCCAAAAUCCAGCCGUCCUCCAAGCGUGAGGGCUUCGCCACUAUACCAGACACUACAUGGGCAGACAUUGGUGCUUUGGGAGGGAUUCGCGAAGAACUCAAUACUGCGAUCGUGGAUGCAAUCAAGUCUCCCGAGCUCUAUGCGAACGUGGGUAUUACAGCGCCCACGGGCGUCCUGCUUUGGGGUCCCCCCGGUUGUGGUAAGACGUUGCUGGCCAAGGCUGUGGCCAACGAGUCGCGCGCCAACUUCAUCAGUGUGAAGGGACCUGAAUUGCUCAACAAGUUCGUGGGUGAGUCAGAGCGUGCAGUACGGCAGGUCUUUGUUCGUGCCCGCUCGUCAGUCCCCUGCAUUAUUUUCUUCGACGAACUUGAUGCGCUGGUCCCCCGCAGAGAUGAUGCUCUGUCCGAAGCUUCCGCACGUGUCGUCAAUACCCUGCUCACCGAGCUUGACGGCCUCGGCAGCAGUCGUCAAGGUAUCUACGUGAUUGCCGCCACAAACAGACCGGAUAUCAUCGAUCCCGCAAUGCUUCGUCCAGGUCGUCUUGAAACGCUUCUCUACGUCAGCCUGCCUAAUCCCUUGGAACGUGUGGAGAUUUUGCAGACCCUCGUUCGCAAUCUUCCUAUCGAGUUCAACGAAGAUAUGAGGAGGCUCGCCGAAGAAUGCGAAGGAUUCAGCGGUGCGGAUCUGGGAAGUUUGCUGCGCCGUGCCGGUUACUCUGCGAUCAAAAGACGUGACAAGAUCAAGUUCGAGGAUUUCGUUGCGGCUAAGGCUUUCAUUCGGCCCAGUGUUACCGAUCUCAAAAAGUAUGAGAAGCUCAGGAGGGAAUGGAGCGGGGGCGUUUUGUAG